UGAGAUUUCUCCAUUUCCGUAGCUUCUGGUCUCUUUUCUUUGUUUCAUUGAUCAAAAGCAAAUCACUUCUUCUUCUUCUUCUUCUCGAUUUCUUACUGUUUUCUUAUCCAACGAAAUCUGGAAUUAAAAAUGGAAUCUUUAUCGAAUCCAAGCUGAUUUUGUUUCUUUCAUUGAAUCAUCUCUCUAAAGUGGAAUUUUGUAAAGAGAAGAUCUGAAGUUGUGUAGAGGAGCUUAGUGAUGGAGACAAAUUCGUCUGGAGAAGAUCUGGUUAUUAAGACUCGGAAGCCAUAUACGAUAACAAAGCAACGUGAAAGGUGGACUGAGGAAGAACAUAAUAGAUUCAUUGAAGCUUUGAGGCUUUAUGGUAGAGCAUGGCAGAAGAUUGAAGAACAUGUAGCAACAAAAACUGCUGUCCAGAUAAGAAGUCACGCUCAGAAAUUUUUCUCCAAGGUAAAAUCGGUUAAUUUUGAAAUGAUGUUCUCAUCUUCAUUGGCUUAAUGCUUAAGACUUAUUGAAAGCCAGGCAAGUUUUCUGCUUCUUUUGCUUCUUAGUCAGGAGAUAGAUAGAUUACGUUUUUAGAGUUUAGUAAUGAGCAAUAAGUCUUAAAAUAGUUGGAGAAAUGACGAGAUGUAAUCGUUUUCUUUUGUUUAUGCCUAUAUCUUGUUAAUCCACAAACAUGUACAUAGAUUCUUCAGAAGAAUGUUAGUUUCUUUAGAUUCUUCAGAUAAACUUGUGUCUUCUUACCGAUUCUGAGGUAGUGGCAAAAGUGGGCUGAGUGCUAGAAAUUUUUGAAUGUUCCUUGUGAUAAGCCAUAGAGGUAGAGAAAGAGGCUGAAGCUAAAGGUGUAGCUAUGGGUCAAGCGCUAGACAUAGCUAUUCCUCCUCCACGGCCUAAGCGUAAACCAAACAAUCCUUAUCCUCGAAAGACGGGAAGUGGAACGAUCCUUAUGUCAAAAACGGGUGUGAAUGAUGGAAAAGAGUCCCUUGGAUCAGAAAAAGUGUCGCAUCCUGAGAUGGCCAAUGAAGAUCGACAACAAUCAAAGCCUGAAGAGAAAACUCUGCAGGAAGACAACUGUUCAGAUUGUUUCACUCAUCAGUAUCUCUCUGCUGCAUCCUCCAUGAAUAAAAGUUGUAUAGAGACAUCAAACGCAAGCACUUUCCGCGAGUUCUUGCCUUCACGGGAAGAGGGAAGUCAGAAUAACAGGGUAAGAAAGGAGUCAAACUCAGAUUUGAAUGCAAAAUCUCUGGAAAACGGUAAUGAGCAAGGACCUCAGACUUAUCCGAUGCAUAUCCCUGUGCUAGUGCCAUUGGGGAGCUCAAUAACAAGUUCUCUAUCACAUCCUCCUUCAGAGCCAGAUAGUCAUCCCCACACAGUUGCAGGAGAUUAUCAGUCGUUUCCUAAUCAUAUAAUGUCAACCCUUUUACAAACACCGGCUCUUUAUACUGCCGCAACUUUCGCCUCAUCAUUUUGGCCUCCCGAUUCUAGUGGUGGCUCACCUGUUCCAGGGAACUCACCUCCGAAUCUGGCUGCCAUGGCCGCAGCCACUGUUGCAGCUGCUAGUGCUUGGUGGGCUGCCAAUGGAUUAUUACCUUUAUGUGCUCCUCUUAGUUCAGGUGGUUUCACUAGUCAUCCUCCAUCUACUUUUGGACCAUCAUGUGAUGUAGAGUACACAAAAGCAAGCACUUUACAACAUGGUUCUGUGCAGAGCCGAGAGCAAGAACACUCCGAGGCAUCAAAGGCUCGAUCUUCACUGGACUCAGAGGAUGUUGAAAAUAAGAGUAAACCAGUUUGUCAUGAGCAGCCUUCUGCAACACCUGAGAGUGAUGCAAAGGGUUCAGAUGGAGCAGGAGACAGAAAACAAGUUGACCGGUCCUCGUGUGGCUCAAACACUCCGUCGAGUAGUGAUGAUGUUGAGGCGGAUGCAUCAGAAAGGCAAGAGGAUGGCACCAAUGGUGAGGUGAAAGAAACGAAUGAAGACACUAAUAAACCUCAAACUUCAGAGUCCAAUGCACGCCGCAGUAGAAUCAGCUCCAAUAUAACCGAUCCAUGGAAGUCUGUGUCUGACGAGGGUCGAAUUGCCUUCCAAGCUCUCUUCUCCAGAGAGGUAUUGCCGCAAAGUUUUACAUAUCGAGAAGAACACAGAGAGGAAGAACAACAACAACAAGAACAAAGAUAUCCAAUGGCACUUGAUCUUAACUUCACAGCUCAGUUAACACCAGUUGAUGAUCAAGAGGAGAAGAGAAACACAGGAUUUCUUGGAAUCGGAUUAGAUGCUUCAAAGCUAAUGAGUAGAGGAAGAACAGGUUUUAAACCAUACAAAAGAUGUUCCAUGGAAGCCAAAGAAAGUAGAAUCCUCAACAACAAUCCUAUCAUUCAUGUGGAACAGAAAGAUCCCAAACGGAUGCGGUUGGAAACUCAAGCUUCCACAUGAGACUCUAUUUUCAUCUGAUCUGUUGUUUGUACUCUGUUUUUAAGUUUUCAAGACCACUGCUACAUUUUCUUUUUCUUUUGAGGCCUUUGUAUUUGUUUCCUUGUCCAUAGUCUUCCUGUAACAUUUGACUCUGUAUUAUUCAACAAAUCAUAAACUGUUUAAUCUUUUUUUUUCCAACCUGGAAAGAACUUCACUCA